AUGGCUUCGGAAGCCAUUCGUCCCAGGGGCCGACCAGCCCACACACCCGGGCCUACGGUUCUGGCGUAUACUCCAGACGGUCGCCACGUUAUCACGGGUGGUUCGAAUUCUGCUAUCCGGAUAUACACUGUUGGGCAGGAUGGAGAGCCCAAGACGGUGGAUGAAGGGGUCGACGGCCACCUUGGAAUUGGCGCGACGAAUCAAUCGUUUAUCAUGGGUGCGGAAGAUGGAACAGUUUGGCAGUAUGAGAUUGGAUCCGGCAGAAUGGAGAAAUUACUGGUUCGAUGCGCCUUGCCCGUGAGAGAUGUCGCAGUCUCGAAAGACGGAGAAUGGGCGGCGGUGGCAAGCGAUGAGCUUACGGUGAAAAUUGUCAACAUCGAGGAUAUGACGAAAGUUAAAUAUCUACGUGAACAAGCCAAGGGAACGAAGCAUGUCACCUUUGACCCUAGCGGGCGUUAUAUUACGGUAUCUUGUACUGAUGGACUCGUUUAUGUCUACUCAUUGCUCUCUGAUGAGCCGGAACUUGUGCGGAAACUGGACGGUGUGAUUCAGCGACUAGAAGCGGAGGACGAAGCAACGUCAAGAGUGGUUUGGCAUCCAGACGGAACGGCAUUCGCGUCCGCGGAAGCCACGCGAGACAUUUCAAUCUUUUCCACAGGGGAGUGGAAGAAAGAAAAAGUCUUCUCCGACGGCCAUAAUGGCGUAAUUACAGCCGUCAGUUGGUCUCCCAACGGAGCACUUCUCGCCAGUGCCGGAGCGGACGGCCAGGUGCUAAUCUGGGAGACGAAAACACAGCGGGUUCUGCAACGUUAUGACUUCCCGAAUGUGAUCAAUCUUGCCUGGCAUCCCAGGAUCAACUCACUUUCAUUCACGACGUCCGAUGGAGAGCUGUUCAUUUACGACGGGAUUGUGUCGCGAGAACACCAGCCACUCCUCCAGAAACCGCUCCAAGCCGCUCCUAUAUACCCUGAUCCACUGGCCGAUAUCUCUGGGAACGUGAUACCACCGUUAGAGAACAGACCCAAGGCAUCGAUCGAACGGACAGAACGGGCAGGAUCUCCGGACUCUCUGGAUGACAUCCUUGGGAUUGAUCACAGCGUGGAGGAUUUUGUCGAUGACGAUGAUGGAGCUGGUUAUGCAGAGGGCAUGAACGGCUUCGGAAAGCGAACGAGCGGACAUCUGGACGAUAUCGAAGGACAUGCCAAUAAGCGGAUACUGACCUCUUUCUCGAGGCCUAAGGUGCACCCUCCUCUGCAGCCCGGCAGCACGCCCUGGCGGGGAAACAGACGGUACCUCUGCCUGAACUUGACCGGCGCCGUGUGGACGGUUGACCAGGAGACACACAACACUGUGACGGUGGAAUUCUACGACCGAGAAAUGCAUCGUGACUUCCAUUUUACCGACCCGUAUCUCUACGAUCGUGCAUGCCUCAACGAGAAUGGGACACUCUUCUCCAAUAACCCAACCGAUGGUAGCCCUGCCACAAUAUUUUACCGCCCCCAUGAGACGUGGACAACACGAGCUGACUGGCGGACCCAACUGCCCCAAGGGGAACAAAUUCGAGCGCUGGCGCUAAGUGAGUCCUACAUUGUGGCCGUAACAACGAAAGAUUACGUCCGCGUAUAUACGCUAUUCGGCACGCCAUUCAAAGUGUAUCGACAGAAGAGCCCCGCCGUGACUUGCGCUGCAUGGCGGGACUAUAUCAUGACCGUGGGAAAUGGACCCCUGGGGAGUGACGGCCGGACGGCCACCCUCCGGUAUUCCGUUGAGAACGUCAAACGGGAUGAGAUCUGCCAAAACGAAGACGUAGUGGCCAUCCCGGAGGGGUCUGAAUUGAAGAGCGUCUUCUUUUCUGAUACCGGAGAUCCAUGCAUCUACGACUCAGAGGGAGUCCUCCUUGUUUUACAGCACUGGCGCACUCCUGGACAGGCUCGAUGGGUGCCACUUCUGGACACGCGGCAACUGGAGCGUCUUGCGACGGGGCGCAAGGAGGAAACGUACUGGCCGGUAGCCGUUGCGCAGGACAAAUUCCACUGCAUCAUCCUCAAAGGAGGGGACCGACACCCAUACUUUCCCCGACCUUUACUUAGUGAAUUCGACUUCCGCAUCCCGAUCUCGAAUGCGCCCGGCAAGGGGGCCCAGGACGGCGAGGAGGAUGGCGCUGGGACUCGCCAGGAGAGUGUGAAGUUUGAGGAGGCGUUCGUGCGAGGGCACGUUCUGCUGUCCCUGUUCCAAGACGUGCUGGCGUCGACCAACGCGACGGCGAGUCAGCGGGCAGAACUGGUGCGGAAGGAGCUCGAAGUGGAUAAGAUCCUUCUUCAAUUGCUGGCAGUGGAGUGUCGCGAAGGCGAGGAUCGGGGGAUGAAGGCGCUGGAGCUGGUGCAACUGAUGAAGGAUCGCAACGGCAAGAUGGUGGAGGCAGCGGUUAAGGUGGCCCAACGGUAUGGACGAGGCGUGUUGGAGGACAAAAUCCGCGAAGUGGUCGAGCGACGGUAUACGGGAGAAGAUGACGAUGAAUUGGCUUGA